AUGGUGUUCAUGCGUGGCGAUAUCUCCGGCCACGAUGAGCAGACAAUAGGUAAAAUUCCCGAAGAACACCCGGCAUCAGGAAUCUUGAAUAUUAACCUCGUCGCAGAUCAUCAUGAACCUACCAAAGGCAUCACAGUAGUUACCUGGGAAGGACCAGAUGAUCCUGGAAACCCAUACAACUGGUCUCACGGCAGGAAAUGGCUUCUUACAGCUCUGGCUGUAUUCGCCACCUUCAUUUCCAUGAUCAACGGCACAAUCUUCACAGUAGCUCACGAGCCAAUGAAUGAGCGCUUCAACAUCUCAGAUGCACACUUCCCUCAUUCCUACUGGCCCGUUACAUCCUGGGCACUCGGCGGCGGCUGUUUCUCCCUACUCAUCCUCCCGCUCAUGGAGGACUUCGGUGUGCGAUGGGUGUUCCUAGGCACGUUUGCGACCUUCAUCUGCUUCAACAUUCCACAGGCAGUGGCGCAGAACUUCGCUACGUUAGUCGUGACGAGGUUUUUCGCCGGAGGCUGUGUCUGUGUGCAGGCCAAUACCGCCGCCACGGUGAUUGGCAAUGUCUGGGAUUCCGAGCGCAGUCGCAAUAUGCCAGUCAGCCUCUUCAUCCUAGCUUAUCUGGCGGGAAGUAGCAUUGGGCCCGUCAUCGGGGCUGCAAUCUUCGACCACCUCACCUGGCGGUGGAUCGGCUAUCUCCAAAUAAUUUGGUAUGGUGCAUUAUUCCCCGUUUACUUCUUCUUAUUCAAAGAAUGUCGCGGCAUCGCGAUCCUGGGACAGCGUGCCAAGGCGAGACGCCGUCAGGGCGAGAACGCUUACACCCAGCAUGAGAUCGACACACAGGACCAGUCAAUUCUGAGCAUCGUGGGUCGCAGCGCCAGCAGGCCGCUUGUGAUGUUUUUCACUGAGUCUGUGGUGUUCGUGUCAACGCUGUGGUCUGCUUUCACCAUCGGCUCGUUAUACCUGUUCACUCAAUCAGUGGAGCAGGUAUUCACGCAGCUUUAUGGCUGGUCGCCAUCGCAUGCUGGAUACGUCCAAACAGCAGUCGUGAUAGGGGAGUUUCUGGGAUGGGUGGUCACCUUGUUUUCGGGCAAGGUGUAUUUCGACUCGGCUUCUCGCAACAAGGAAAUCCCCGGUACCCCUAUCCCAGAGGCCCGACUGUAUUUCGCUAUUGGAGGGGGUAUCUUCGGCAUCUCCGGUGGUAUGUUCACAUACGCGUGGACUUCAUAUCCCGAUUUCCCAUGGAUUGCACCAGCCAUUGGUCUCGCCAUGGUGGGCGCUGGUAGCGUCAUUGUGGUGACGGGCAUUUCUGAUUAUGUGGUGGACUCGUACAGCAAGUAUGCUGGCAGUUGCAUGGGUAUCAUUGCCGCUGGUGAGAAUACCCUGGCGGCGUUCCUGCCGCUAGCUACCAUGAGCAUGUACAAUGUACUUGGUCUCCAGUGGGCCAGCACGUUGAUAGCCUUCAUUGCGUUGGCUCUAUCUCUUGCCCCAAUUCUGAUGCUUAUCUGGGGCAAACAGGUCCGAGCCCGGAGUCCGUUCAUGAAGGAAGCAGUCGUGGAAAAGAGGAGAAAGAGUAUUGGCUCUGUCUGA